AUGCUUUCAAACAACAACUCCAGCCGGUCACAGCAAACUAAGUUUAAUCUUGUCCAACUGAAAGGAACAUGGAUCAGACAAACUGAGCAGUGCCAACGGGCAGAGGGAAAGUUAUCAGAUGCUAAAAUCUAUGAGAACAAGUCAGAACAUGGAGUUUCCUGGACAGUGGUCAGCCCCAUCGUAUUCACCUACAGAGUCAUUCAGUGCAAAAACAUAUUGGAUCCCACAAAUGACACGUUGCUCUGGGGUCAUUUAGGAGAUGAAGAGCUUAAAGGCACCAUAAGCAACUCCAAACCUGUAAAACGUUUUGUUGUCAUUGAUGAAACUGUCAAUCAUCUGUAUGGCUCUGAGGUCGUACGGUACUUUGAGGCCAGAGAAGUUGUGUACAGGAUCCUCGCUCUGCCCACCACAGAAGAGAACAAGUGUAUGGAGUUAGUGACCAAGAUCCUGGAGGAAGUUCAUGAGUUUGGUAUUGACAGGCGCUCUGAGCCAGUCAUAGCCAUCGGUGGCGGGGUUUGUCUGGAUAUAGUGGGUUUAGCGGCAUCUCUCUAUCGCCGGAGGACUCCAUACAUUCGGGUGCCGACCACUUUACUCUCUUAUGUUGAUGCCAGUGUGGGGGCAAAAACAGGGGUCAACUUUGCAGGUGGGAAAAACAAGCUGGGAAGUUACAUCCCACCAGUGGCAACGUUCUUAGAUCGCUCUUUCUUCCAAACACUUCCACCACGUCAGCUCUCCAAUGGGAUGGCAGAGAUCUUAAAGAUGGCCCUGAUGAAGCACAGAGGCCUGUUUGAGCUGCUGGAGGCUGAGGGCAGGACGCUGCUGCACACCAAGCUGCAGUCAUGUGAGAGCAACAACAGCUCUAAGCGUGAAGACAGCGCUACAGCGUUGACCCGCAUUGCCAUAGAAACCAUGCUGGAGGAGCUGGCUCCUAACUUGUGGGAGGAUGAUUUGGACAGGCUGGUGGAUUUUGGUCACCUCAUCAGCCCUGAGUUAGAAAUGAGAGUGCUGCCAGCAUUGCUUCAUGGGGAGGCGGUCAACAUCGACAUGUCCUUCAUGGUGUAUGUGGCCCACCAGAGGGGGCUGCUGACAGCAGACGAGAAGGACCGCAUCAUCCAGUGCAUGAUGGGCCUGGAGCUGCCUGUUUGGCACAAGGACUGCACCCUGGCCCUGGUGCAGAAAUCCCUCAAGGAGCGUCUGAAGCACUCUGCGGGCUCUCUGAGGAUGCCGCUCCCCACAGGACUGGGACAUGCAGAAAUCUUCCCUGACAUGAUUGAGGAUAACAUCCUCUGCCAGGCUUACCAGAAGUGGACCGAUGAGCUUGCUUCUUCUGGGAACAACUAA